AUGUCUUCCAUCGCAGUGCCUGAAAAGGCCCCAGAUGACUCCUCCAAGCUGAAGACCUUCCUCUCCAUCCUUCGAAAAUUCGUCGGUGUGGCAGAUAUCGCUUCGGUUCGAUUUUCACUACCAGCGCAACUGCUAGAGCCUCGACCAAAUCUGGAAUACUGGCAUUAUCUAGAUCGACCGGAGACGUUUGCAAGCAUUGGCAAGUCGGAUGAUGAGCUAGGUCGGAUGUUGGAGGUAUUGCGGUUCUGGUUCACAAAAGAUUUGAAAUACGUCAAGGGUAAACCGUGCAAACCAUACAACUCAACACUGGGUGAAUUCUUCCGAUGCAGCUGGGAAGUUAACGACAAGAUCCCCGAAGAAGCCAAUAUCCCUGGCAUCAAAGCAAGCUCCAAUGGCUCCUCCACCGUGACCGACGGCGAUGAGAAGGUCAAAGUAUGCUAUCUUACAGAACAGACCUCCCACCACCCCCCGGUCUCGGCUUUCUAUAUCGACUGCCCCGAACGAGGCGUUUCAGCGCGCGGGUUCGAUCAAAUCAGCGCAAAGUUCACCGGCACCAGCAUUCGUGUGAGCCCCGGCCAACACAACCUCGGAAUCUUUGUCAAUAUUGAAAAGAGGGACAACGAAGAAUACCAAUUAACCCACCCAAAUGCCCACCUGGGGGGAAUACUGCGCGGGGCGCUUUCAGUCACAGUUGCCGACACAUGCUAUGUCACCUGCCCGAAAACGGGCCUGAAGGCGAUCCUACAGUACAUGGAAGAAGGCUGGAUUGGCCGGUCACAGAAUAAGCUGGAGGGCGUUAUCUUCCGUUACAACCCGGACAAGGAUACGACCAGUCGACUCAAAGAUGUAUCAGACGGUGACGUUGUCGCGCGCAUCACUGGCUCCUGGCAUGGAAAGAUAUACUUCACACCGGUAGGCACCAAGGAGCCUCAUCUGCUCAUAGAUAUCACUCCGCUUCUCCCCGUCACGAAGACACUGCCUCCAUCCGAAGAACAGCUGUCCAAUGAGUCAUUGAAGUUCUGGUCGGGUGUCACGACCGCCAUUGUUGACAGACAGUUCAGUCAGGCCACAAAGCUCAAGCAGGAUAUUGAGGAACGGCAACGGCAACGGGCUGCAGAGCGUUUUGAAAAGGGUAUUGAGUGGAACCCUCGAUUCUUCACUGGCGCGGUGACGCCGCUAGGUAAACCGGAGCUCACAGAGGAGGGCCAAAAGGUUCUACAAGGGAUUCGCUCGGGCGACUUCGCUUUGACGGAAAGUACAGUGCAGGGUGCAUAG